CUUCAAGAUUGUGUUUAUCAACAAUUCCAAAAGGCACAAAGUUUUUGUUCUCCUUUGAAAAUGGCAAAUAGAGAGCAGAAGGCCGCUAGUAUUCUGCUGCUUGUAAUGUUUCUGCCGUUUCUCAUGUUUCAGUACAAAGUGACUACCAGAUUUAGCAGGAGUUGCAGCCCUGCGUGCCAUAUGGAAGUAACAAGGACAAGAAAGCUCUAUGUAAUGGCCCAAGACUUUGGAGGAGGCGAUGAUGAUUAUGAUUACAAUAACAAUUUCUAUAGAAGGCAAGGUGAUGUUCCAAGCCCAGGAGUUGGUCACUGAAUUCAGCCUCCUUCUGCUGUCUUUGUUUUUAUUUCAUUUUCUUUUCCUUUCUAUUUCCUUUUUCUGCCUCUGAAUCAUCUAUGUGUCCUCUGUUGAUAAGUAUACUUCAAUGUUUUUUUUUUCUUUAAAAUGAAAAAUAAUAUUAUCC